AUAUCUCUCCUGAUAGAGUGGCUGCAAUUUCAUAAUAAUCGUUAUCAUGAUAUCGCAGUGAGCAAAUAAACAACAACCAGAAGCGUUCAAGUUAUUGAGUGAAUACAAGAUAGUUUAAGAGUACAGACAUUUGAAGACAAAUGAGCAAAACGUUGAGUCAGCAAUUGAGCAACCGGAGGCUGCUUGUCGACCUCCUGGCUCUGAUGUUUGGUCUGGGUGCUUGGAUUGGAGUAAAUGGCGUCUACGUUCAGUUGCCACUCAUAGUACACACAGCUCCAGAAGGAUGGAGCCUACCUGCACACAUGGUGAUGCUAGUACAAUUUGCCAACCUAGGUCCCAUACUGUAUACUCUAUAUAUAAAGUACACUGUUUGGGCAUAUGACAAAUAUAUUAUUUAUGCUCUGCUAACUGCGGGAACGGUUGCCUGUAUAACAUUGAGUUUUCUGUAUGAUCAUACCUCAUUUGUGUUCAGCAAAGAACACUCGACUGCCCUCUUGUCGCUGAUGUUUGUGACUGCCCUGGUCGGAUGUACGAGUUCUGUUCUUUUCAUGCCGUACAUGAGGAACUAUCGUGAGAUUUAUUUAGUGUCUUAUCUCGUCGGUGAAGGAUUGAGCGGAUUUGUACCGAGCGCAGUAGCGCUGAUUCAAGGCGUCGGUAAUAAUCCAGUAUGCGUCAACGUCACCAAGCCAAACUCGACCCAACUGGAAUUCAUGCCUGCGGAAUCGGAUCCGAGAUUCUCCUCUCAAAUAUUUUUCAUCUUCAUCGGGACUUUGUUAUGUCUGAGUUUUAUUUCGUUCUUACUUCUAAACUCUUUGCCUGUAGCACGCGGGGAGAGAGUCAAGCUACCGAGAAGCAUGGAAAUGCUGCCGACCGACACGACGGCACCGCCGAGUUACAAAACUAAUGCCGGCUGGAAAAUGCCAAGAUUUAGCUAUUAUUAUUUAUUAGUCAUGAUGGCUGUAGUAUGUUUACUCGGUAACGGUACUUUACCAAGCAUACAGUCUUACUCCUGUCUACCGUAUGGCAGUAUAGCGUAUCACUUGACAGUCACGCUAGCUUCCAUAGCUGGCCCAUUGGCCAUGUCCUUAGGUUUCUUUGUAAAAACACCAGAGGUGAAGCUCCUCAAUAUCCUUAUGGUGGCUAUUUUGGCACUUUCAGGCUUCGUCUUAUAUCUGGCCGCGAAAUCGCCUUAUCCUCCCUUGCAACAUUCAUGGAUGGGUGAAUUGAUGGUAGUCUUUAUAUGGAUAAUGCUGUGCGGUUUAAUUGGAUUCGUAAAGAUGGGCAUUACGACGUUGUAUCGACCCGAUCCCGGAAGGGGUCUUUACUACACUGGCGUUGCAACACAAAUCGGAUCGUUAAUAGGUGCAAUUACCACGUUUGUUUUGGUCAAUUACACAAAAGCAUUUCAGUCUUUCUCACCCUGCACGUCUCUUGCAGAAAAUUAACGUAGUCUGUACUUAGUCUUAUCAAUUAUUUGCGUUAUUGGUAAUAUUAGAAAAUCUAAUUUUUAG